AUGCAUUUUGCAUACCUAGCCAUUAUCGCCGUGUUCAUCUUGAAACUGUCCAUUCUGCAGAACACGGAUGGGGCAGCUGCAGAUGUCAAAGACGAGAGAACACGCCGUCGCUUGAUUGAAGGCGGACGAAAGCUGGCUGCUUCUCUGGAACAGCCCAGAGAGACAUUGCGCAGAAUCGGUCAUUUUCCUUUUCAACUACCUUUGGCGCUCGUCGGCGUGGAGACCGGAGUGUUUGAUGCUUUGACAGCCGCGCAACACCCUCUCAGCAUCACAGAGCUCGCAGAGAAGAGUGGCGUCAAUAUCGACCUCCUGAAGAGACUGUUGCGGUAUUACCAGGCUACUGAUAGCAUAUCUCAAGUGGGCGACGACACAUUCCAAUCGAGUAACGUGACUCGAGCUCUGAGCGACGCUGACCAUGGUAAAUCCCUUCGAUGGAUCAAAAAGGGAGGCCUGUCUUCUUCGACCUUGGACUUUGAGAAACGCUUCUCCCAGGGCGCGACCAGCUCAACUAUCCUGUUCGUCGAUGUCGGUGGAGGCUCUGGCUCCCAGGCUCGCACAUUCCGCCAGCGGUAUCCGAACCUCCCCGGUCGAGUUCUUCUCCAGGACCAGCUCGAGGUCGUGCAACAUGUGAAGAUUGAGCUUGCUAGCUCGCGUAUCGAGGCUGAGGUGUAUGCCAUCUUCACGCCGCAGAUAAGCUUACUACUUGCGGAACAUCUUCCAUGGUCCAAAUGCAAGGAGAUCCUGACCAAGGCCAAGGCGGGCAUGACCAAGGAGUCGGUGCUGCUGAUUGACGAGAUCGUUCUUCCCGAGCGGCACGCGACGACCCAGGGAGCCGAGCAUGACAUCGAGGUCAUGGUGACCGUGGUUGCUGCUUCGAAGCUGUUCUGUCUGCAAUGUCACGACCCGAGAGAGAACGUGAUCGCUGAUUCAACGAGCACUGCAGUUGGCAUGGAGCGUACGAGGGCACAGUGGGAAAGCCUGCUGAACGAAGCGGGGUUAAAAAUCAUUGAGGUGCUGAAGUAUGACCAAGAUUACAAGGAUUCUGUCAUCAUCGCCGGCGUCAAAUGA